UUUGAAGUUGAUUUUGCCUACGGAGUUGAAUUUGACCUCUGAGAUGAUGAUGGAGUUUGAGGACGCAGAUUUCUUCUUGGAACCCUGGACUCAGCACGUGAAAAGAAAAAGAAAAAAGGACUCCAAGAAGGCCAAAAAAGGACAAAAACAAAAAGCCGGCACGGCUGAGAAGACGCCCGAGAGCAUCCAGAAGAAGAAGAAGAAAAGCUCCAAAUUCAAGGAAGCUAUGGGAGUAAGGAAAGAAAAGAAGAAAGAAAAGAAGAAAAAGAAGAGGUCAGCUUCGGAGAUAGAUGACAGUCUCAUAUUUACACAAAGAAAAUCUACAAAGACGCUUGAAGCAUCAGAUCCGCGUCAGAUUGAGAAACCAAAGCCCGACCAUGUGACUCAAGACGCCUUGAAGAAAACCAAAAGGAAAAACAAGGUUAUGUUUGAUUUACCGCCCAAGUACAUCGGUGUCAAACGUCCUAAAUUCGUCUCUUCGUCGCCCAAAGAGAAGGAAGCCGUGAGGGGCGGCGAGAGCUGUCCACAGGUCACAGCGACAGAGAACGAGUCUCAGUGCAGCUGCGACGAGUACAACAGCCAGGACCUAUUCAUCACCCAGAAGACAUUCAGAGCAUCUCCCCCCCAGCCUUCCAGCGGCGAGGAGGGGGAUGAAGUUUUCAUGGCGUCUCCUCAAGGGUUCUCACAGCAAGGCAAGCGUUGGUGCUCAUCACAGCUUCACGAAGACCUCCAUGAGAACGUCAGAAAGUCAAAUGAGCAUGAACCACAAGAUAAAAAAAUACUUAAAAAGGAGAAACACAUGGAGUUCAAAGCCAGACUUUCUCAGGAGAACAAACUUUCACCUUCCAGCGUGAUGAAUCCUUACCUGGAUGAGGCAGUUGUUGUGAACCCCUCUCCAGAUGUUGCACAGAUAAAAACCUCUUACCAUCCACACAUUCACGAGUCGCCAUUGGUUCCUUCGUCUGCAGUGAGCACUUCUACUCAAACGGAAAACUUCUUCACCGCCGAGCUCUCCUCCUACCUCAGCUUCUGCCUAAAAAGUGAGGAGACUCUACGUUUCGAGGACUUGAAACCGUUAGACCUGAGCCUGCCUCAGAGGGCGAGGAAAGACAUCGGGAGACGUCUGUCGGUAAUUACAGCUGGUGAAGGUGAACAAAAGUUCAGUGACCGGAAAACACAGGAGCCACCGGGUGAAAUUAAAGGAACAGAGUUGAAGAAGAAGGUCUCUUUUGGAGCUGAAGGAACUCCGAGUCCCCAGUCCGAGUCUGAGGUCAAGGCCUCUGACACGACAACUUCCAGCGAGGACGACUUGACCUGGCGCUCUGGGAAGCUGGAUCUGACCCAGGUGGUCAGAGCCGUCCAGAUGAGACUCAACGAAUCCUUCUUCUUCAAGACGAAAGGAGAGGGACAUUCACCGAGGCCGGAGUCGCCGCUGAUGAAACUCACUCAGGGCCGAAGCAUCAAAACCAAGAAGAGGUCGUGA